AUGCAGAGGAGAGGAGGAGAUGAUUGCAAGAUUUUGCAGCCAAGAAGAAGGGGAGAGAGAUCGGUCGUCGCGGUCAGGUCGAUCUCGCCGGAGCGAGGAAUGAGCCGGGCGGGGUGCGGCGGCGGCGGUGGCGAGGAGGAGAGGUGCAGAUACAGGGGCGUGCGGCGGCGGCGGUGGGGGAAGUGGGUGUCGGAGAUCCGGGUGCCCGGCACGCGGGAGCGCCUGUGGCUGGGAUCCUACGCCACGCCGGAGGCGGCGGCCGUCGCGCACGACACGGCCGUGUACUUCCUCCGCGGCAGCGACAGCGGCGGCGCGAGCGCGGCGGCGGCGCUCAACUUCCCGGAGCGCGCGGCGGCCGCGUACGGCGCCGGCGCCGUGGCCGCGGCGCCCCUCUCGCCGCGGUCCGUGCAGCGCGUGGCGUCCGACGCCGGCAUGGCCGCCGACGCGCAGCUCGUGGCGGCUCGGGACAGCGCGCCAUCGCCCUCGCCCGCGCCCGCGCCGGCGCACCCGGGUCACGUCGUCGCCGUCAUUGGAGCCGGCGCGACGGCCGCGCGGCACGGCAUGUACGCUGCUCGCGCGCUUGCCGGCGGGAGCACCAGAACCAGCGGCGGCGAGCAGCAGCUUGUCUGUGCUGAGGAAAUUAGCGUGGAUGACAUGGAGAUUUUUGAUGUAAUCACGCAGUAAUAAAACUGCAAAAAAUAACAAAAAAAAUCAAGAUUGGUAGUACUCCCUAUUACUUAGCCGAAACUAAUAAAGUUCAAAAACUGAUGAGCAAUUGGGCAGAUGCUGUAUUGACCAGGCACACAAUGACGCGAUAGAUCUGUGACCUCAAUAUUGACAGAAAGCAGUUUUUUUUAGCA